UAAUCAAGAUGAGGGAUUACAUAGAAAAACAGAGAAAUUAGAGAGAGAGAAAAAAAAAAUCACCUUGGUUAUAUCAAGAAGCCCAUUUCGGCCCGGCCCGGCCCGGCCCGGUGCGCCCUAGAAAGCCCAGCCCACGGAGGAGCCGUAACCUAUUCUAUUACCUCAUCUUUAAAACGACGCCACAUCUCUAACCCUAAAAAUCUCCCCGCUUUCCUCCCUUUGGGUGCCGCACUCACAUUCUGCAAUCUCCGCUUCUCGACUUGGCUUUCUUGCACUCUCUACUCUUCCGCUUUCAUCUCAUGCUCGAUUUCCCCUGUUCAGUUCUUUCUCACCCAAAUAGACACCUCUAGACUAGUUCUGUCCAACUCUCAAACAGUUACAGCUUUCCUCUUCUCUGUCACUGUAAGUAGUGAGAGCCUUGAACUUCAAAUCCAUCCAAGCUUUUGAAUUUUCUCUGAAGAAAUAGCAACAAGAUAUGCAUAUUUACUCUGCAUGACAAGACCUUUGAAAUUAAACACUGCCGGCUCUCUUUCCUUUGAGAAUAAUUAAACACCGCCGGCUCUCUUUCCUCGUAUUUUGAGAAGUAUUGAUUUAAGGUUUGGUUAACCGGAAGAGAUGGUGGUGGAUCAAGUCGGAUCGACGAAGAUCGAACAAAAUCAAAUGGAAUUGGAUCGCUACCCAGCGAUGAAGCGGAUUCUAGAGGAGUAUAGUGAGACUCGUCGGAUCGACGCAGAUCGAACAAAAUCAAAUGGAAUUGGGUUUCUACCCGGCGAUGAAGCGGAUUCGUGGGAUUGAAUCCAAACCCUCCGAUCGAGUCGGAUCGACGCGGAUCGGACAAUAUCAAACGGAAAUCGGUUGUGUGACUCCUAGGCUUUUCUCAGAGGCGGUGCGGCGGAUUGUAGAGGAGUAUAGAUGGAUUAGAUCCAAUCCCUCCGACGAUUUUGACUGCCGCAUGCUCGAGCGGAACCCAUAUGAAUGGCAAUUUGGAAUCAGAGGCGCUAGUGGAACUGAAUUCGAGGGUGGGAUUUAUCAUGGGCGGAUCCAGUUUCCGAAGGAGUACCCAUCGAAGCCUCCUUCAUUCACGCUUUUGACGGAAAAUGGUCGCUUCAAAACCCACAACAAGAUCAGGAUAAGGCGACUGAAUGAUUGGCAGCCAUCAUGGAGGGUGCGAGAUGCUUUAGAUGCACUUAUCGAUGAAAUGCCCACCUACCCAGAUGGUGAAUUGGGCUCAGUAGAAUACAAUAAGGAAGAAAGGCGUGAUCUAACCGUCAAAUCUCAUGCAGCAGCCCCAAAAUAUGGCACUUCUGAACGUCAGAAGUUAAUUGAUGAGAUUCAUGAAUAUCUGCUAAGCAAGUCACCACCUGUUCCUUUUCCUCAACUUCCUCAACUGAUCCCCUCACAGGCCUCCAACGGCACUGGCGGCAGCUAUGUCGUCAACGGCGGCUAUGUCGUCAGUGGGAAUACAUUUCAUGCUACCAAUUCCAACGGGGUAGGAAUUUUGGAUUCUAUGAAUGCCUUCUCCGACGAAGACCACAAGCUUUUACCUUCUUGGCUAAAACUUUUUAGGUGGAGAAAGCAAAACUAGACGUCCGUGAACACGACCAAGAGUGAUGAACUGAGGUGAUAGUCUGUAGCGUAUGCCUCUUUUUCUUGUAGCUUCUCUCAUGUACAACUACAUAGAAAUUGAAAAUGUGCAUUCUAGUUUAAUGAAUAUUCUUGGCUCUUCUUGCA